CUUCAUUUGGUGGGUGCGCGUUUUGGCAGUGGUGUGCUACCCUUAGGUUUCUAGUUGUUUCUCCGGUGCCAAAAUGCAGACGCCGCUGGAUCAUUUAAACUUUCAGUCAAAAAUACAACAAAAUGCUUCAAGUAGAAUACUAUACGAUGUCCCAUGCAAAGUUUGCAGGGAUCACUCCUCUGGAAAACAUUACGGGAUUUUUGCAUGCGAUGGCUGCGCUGGAUUCUUCAAGAGAUCGAUUCGUCGAAACAGGCAAUACAUAUGCAAAGCAAAGGCGGAAGGAUCAUGCGUGGUUGACAAAACACAUAGAAACCAGUGUCGCGCAUGUCGACUAAGGAAAUGUGUAGAAGCUGGAAUGAAUAAAGACGCGGUGCAACAUGAAAGAGGGCCACGGAACUCAACUUUACGACGACAGAUGGCGCUAUAUUUCCAGGACUCGGAACCCUCCCCUCCGAUUCCCUCGGUGUUGGAUUUGGCCUUACCAAAAAUAUCAUCAACCACAUCCUCACCUCCGCGAAUUGAGGCCCCGUCGCAGCUACCCCCUCCACCUUUUGUAUAUCCCCCUACAGCCUUCCCAAAGAUUCCACUAACGCCGCCGAGUAUAUUACUCGCAAACACAGAAACCGUUUGUGAAUCGGCCGCUAGAUUAUUAUUCAUGAAUGUAAAAUGGGCCAAAAAUGUUCCCGCCUUCACAAGUCUUUCAAUAAAGGAUCAAAUGCUGUUGAUCGAGGAAAGUUGGGGUGAGCUUUUCGUGUUGGGUGCGGCGCAAUUUCUACCUCCGAUGGAGCUGACCCAAUUGUUGUGCGCGGCCGCGACCAGAGACAUGCACAAAGCUCGCAGUAUCGUCCCGGAGAUCACAAACUUCCAGGAGACGUUGUUCAAACUCCGUAACCUCCAACUAGAUGCCCACGAAUAUGCCUGCUUACGUGCAAUAGUCCUUUUCAAGACUGCGGUGGACAGCAACAGCAACAACAGCAGCGGCGACUCGGAGUCUUCGGGGCGCUCGGUGCGGGACGUGGCGGCGGUGGCGGCGCUCCAGGACCACACGCAGCUGACGCUGAGCAAGUACAUCUCGGCGCAGCACCCGACACAACCCUUCCGCUUCGGCAAGCUCCUGCUCCUCCUGCCGGCCCUCCGCGCCAUCUCCACGGACACCAUCGAGGAGCUCUUCUUCCGCGACACCAUCGGGCACAUCCCCAUCGAGCGCAUCAUCUGCGACAUGUACAAGAGCAACGAGCUCUGACCCCCACCCCUCCACCCACCGGAGGCAUCCACUUCGUCCGUCGGUAGCACCGCCGAAGGACACGAUGAUGGGGACAGUUCGGAAUAGAGGCGGUGUA